AAUCACAACACUUCAGGGUAUUUACUGAAUUAAUUAAAUAACCUAAUUAAUAACAGAGUGACGUUUCAAAAUAAAAGGGCAAAAAGAAGACUCGUGACGCGCUGAGUGUGGAGAGAAGGACCCGGAAGUGCCGGACAAAAUGGCGGCGCCCUGCAGGAGCCUGCUGAGGUCAGCUAGGGAAGCAGGUCUUCAGUACAUUUCCAGCAGAAAGCUCUGUACAAAGACGUCUCGCGCGGAAAGCUUGACCUGCUUCAGACCUCAGCAGUGUGCGUUCCAGCACCGAGCUCUUCACUGUAGCAGCUCCAAGACAGACGCAGCAAAAACCACAGACCCUGUGAAUAACAGCAACGACCAGGAAAAGAAAGGAGAGCAAGAUUCCGGACCAGAGUAUAUUCCUAAGAGGAAAGCCAAAAACCCGAUGAAAGUAAUCGGAUACGCGUGGAUAAUUGGUCUUCCAUCUGGUAUAAUCGGGUUUAUUCUGGCUAAAAGGCAAGUGGACAAGAACCGGCUCCAGCAGCUGAAGAUCCGACAAAGGAUGAAGAAAUCCAAUGAAGGAGAAUAUGAACAUGAACGCUACAAACCAGCAGCGCGGAUGCAGUAACUGGAUUCGGCGAUAUUUAGAUAUUUAUGAAAUGUGGAUCAUGUCGGAAUCAGGACUGUCUGAUGGGAACUUUAUCAAAAAAUAUUUUUGUAAUUAACAUGAUUUAAUUUUGAUUUUUGGAUCCCAAAUGUGUUUUUUUUUUUUAAAUUCAGUGUCCUAGAUUUGAAAAAGGGAUACUCGGAUUUUAGCUACGAAUGAAACUCUGUUCGUCUUGUGCACAGAGUAAAUGUGGUAAAAAUGGGAGAAUGUCAAAUUUUCUGUCCCAAAAUACACUAAUAAAGGCUUAUAGUCCUUGUAUACA